AUGGCAUUAGGUGGUAGAGGGAGGCAAGGAACUGUGCAGUCUCUGGACGUAACACUAGUUACAAUGGAAGAGAUCGCAAGUUUACGCAAGGCACGAGACUACGUAAAGGCGAAGUUGACAAGGUUGAGAACGCAAGUACUGGAAGUAACUGAGAAAACCGGCGUCAAGUUCGACAAGGAACAAGCAGAAACGAGGUUAGAAAGGUUAGAAGGCAUUUAUCGAGAGUUCGAGGCCAUCCAGAGGCAACUAUUAGACAAGGUAGGCGAUUUUACCGUCGAUGAUACGACGGAAGACGAGUUUUUCGAGCAACGAUAUUUCGAGCAAUCUGAGAUGAUGCAACAGUUCGGGCGCGGAUUUCAAAGCGAUACCGCCACGCCAUCUUCUCUGUCGUCAAGCGGGAAUGAAGCGUUGGCGGCCAUUCUUUCGCGGCAAACGGAAAUCCUCGAUCGCGUUGCAAUUACAGCAGAGUCCGUGAAUACCGAUGCUAGAGUCAAAUUGCCGACUAUCAAACUUCCUCGUUUUGACGGAAAAAUUGAGGAAUGGAAAUAUUUCGCAGAUAGUUUUCGAUCUAUUAUACACAAUAAGCCGCAUUUAUCGAAUAUCGAGAAAUUUCAAUAUUUAAUUUCAUCCAUUUCGGGCGAUGCCGCGAAAAUUAUCGAGUCGAUCGAGUUAACAGAACAAAAUUAUACGACUGCAUGGGAGUUGUUACAGCAGCGUUACGAUGAUCCCAGGUCGCUCAAGAAAAAACACAUCCAGUGUUUAUUUAUGAUGCCAAUCGUGGCAAAAGAGUCAGCUAAGGCUCUUCGAGAUUUAAUCGAUCACACUUCUAGACAUUUGAGAGUGUUGAAGGUUCUAGGUUUACCCAUUGACUCGUGGGACGAGCUCAUCAUGCAUAUGAUGGAAACAAGGUUCGAUGUGAAAACUCUUCGAGCUUGGGAAGAAGAGGUAGAGAGCAAGGAUGAAGCGAAGUUGGAUGAUAUGAUCGAGUUCCUGAAAAGGAAAUGUCAGACCUUAGAGCGAAUCGAGUCUAGAGUAUCCGAUAGGAAUGAAAAAUCGCUUAAGGAAUCUGAUCAACGUACAAAGGGAGCUAUCGGUUCCAAAUCGCAUUUGUCGACCAAAAACAGUGCAAGUCAGAAAGCUGUUUUAACGGCUUCAAUCAAUUCGGGAAUGAUCAAAACAUGCAAAAUGGGUAACUGCAGAGAAUGUGCAGGACGACACAAUACAUUGUGCCAUUUACCUCAAGAUAACAAGAUUGUUGCGAAGUCAGAUGUCGCAGAAUCUCAAGGUAUAACAGAUAGCGAGCCGAUCAAAAGUGUAGCGGUUCACGCCUCAAGCAAUUUAAGAGGACGACAAGUCAUUAUGGCUACGGCGACAGUAGAAGCCACGCGACGCAAUGGUUCGAGUACAUCGAUUCGAGUAUUACUAGACAGCGCGAACGAAGCUAAUUUUAUUACGCAAGCGGCGCACAAUAAGCUAGGUUUGAAGCGAAACAGAAUUUCCGAAAUCGUUACAGGUUUAAAUGGAACAGCAAGUAAAAUUGAGAAUGUUUGCGAGGUUCAUGUCAAGUCGAGACACUCCAAUUUCGAGAUCAAUACGCAGUGUUUAAUUGUGCCUAAGAUUACGAAAACUUUACCAUCCAUGGAAAUAAAUCGUAGCAAGUUGCAGAUACCUAAGCCAGACAAAUUGGAUCUUGAACAAGGUCAGUUAGUUUUACAAAACACGAAGUUAGGGUGGAUAGUGGCUGGAACAAUGCCAUCGAGCGUGCAAAAGAGUCCAAUUUGUAAUCAAUUUACGACAAGUUUGGUAACUUGCUCCGAGAAUUCGUGUGAGAUGUUACGAGAAGAAUUAGAAAAAUUUUGGAAAUUGGAGAAUUGCGAUGAUUACAAGGCACGAACAUUAUCGAUAACCGAGAAGAAAUGCGGGCGAUAUUUCGAGCAAACCACCACGCGAGACAGUGAUGGUAGGUUUAUAGUAAGAUUGCCGUUUCAGGACGUAAAGCCGCCUAUUGGUAAUAACAGAGAAAUAGCUCGCAAAAGAUUGCAUCGUCUAGAGCAUACCCUUAAGGGCAAUGAAGCAAUGUACAAUCAAUAUAUUAACAUUAUGCGCGAGUAUAUCAAUUUAGGACACAUGUCAGAAGUAAGCAAUUUCGAUAAUCCUGCUGAGAGUAUAGUAUAUCUACCUCAUCAUGGAGUAGUAAAAGAAGCAAGUAGUAGUACGAAGUUACGUGUCGUAUUUGACGCAUCAGUCAAAAAUAACAAGGACGUGUCACUGAACGAUGCACUUCUUGUUGUGCCAGUGUUGCACGAUAACUUAACCGAAAUAGUUGUACGUUUUCGAUUUUUCAAAAUUGCGUUGACAGCGGAUUUACAGAAAAUGUAUCGUCAAAUAUCCGUUCACAUUGACGAUCGAAUUUAUCAGCAUAUUUUAUGGCGAUUUUCGACAGAGGAACCCAUAAAGGAGUACUGUUUGAAUACAGUUAUAUUCGGCGCAGCUUGUUCACCGUUCUUAGCGGUGAGUUGUGUUCGACGAUUAGCGAAGAAAGGUGCGAAGCGACAUCCUUUAGCUUCUUCGGCAUUAUUAGAGAACACGUAUGUAGACGAUAUUAUUUCCGGAGCAAAUACAAUUUUGGAAGCGCGUGUUUUACAAAACCAAUUGUCGGAACUAUUACAAGGAGGAUUCGAGGCGCAUAAGUGGUGCUCAAAUUCUCAGGAUGCAUUAAGAGAAGUGCCGACGAAGCUAAGAGAAUCAAAUCCGACGACAAAUAUCGAUGCGAAUAAUACUAUAAGCACAUUGGGGCUUGAGUGGAAUCUUAUGUUAGACGUGUUUCAAUUUAAAACGCAAAUGGUAGCUGACGUAUCUACGAAGCGCGAAAUGUUAUCGGCGAUUAGCAAGUUAUUCGAUCCGCUGGGAUUGAUCGGUCCUGUGUUGACAGUAGCUAAAAUUUUAAUGCAAGGGCUUUGGGAGAUCAAGAUAGAUUGGGAUGACCCACUCCCAGAAACAAUUUUGUUUAAGUGGCGAAUGUUUCAAGAAAGUCUCGAGGAGGUACAUACGUUGCGAGUACCUCGAGUAGUUAUUAGUCUAUCCGAAAAUAGUCGAUUUUCUAUAUUAGGAUUUUGUGAUGCGUCCAAAAACGCAUAUGGCGCGUGCGUAUACAUACAAUCUCUUAACGAAGCGAAUGGAGAGACAACGGUUAAGUUGUUGUGCUCAAAGGCCAGAGUAGCUCCGUUAAAAAAGGUAUCAAUUCCUAAGUUAGAACUAUGCAGUGCGUUACUGUUAGCAAGGUUAAUUAACAAUGUUAAACGAGCGAUCCAGAUAAAAAUCGACGGAGUUCAUGCGUGGACAGAUUCGAUGGUUGUGCUUUACUGGAUUAUUUCACGAUGGAAACCCUUUGUUUCAAAUCGAGUGUCAGAAAUUGUCGAGAGUGUGCCGGCAAUUUAUUGGCAACAUGUUAAAGGCUCCGAAAACCCUGCCGAUUUAAUAUCAAGAGGAGCUACACUUGGGCAACUCAAGGGCUGUCAAUUAUGGUGGAAUGGUCCAAGAUGGCUAGUUGACACACCACAGUCCGCGAGAAACGAGAAUAUCGAUUGGAAAUUCUCUGAAGAGGAUCUCGAUAGUGCAGCUGAAGAAACGAGAAAGGAAUUUUUAGUUUGCAAUUUAAAUAUACAGCAACCGUUGAAAAGGACGGACAGGAUUUGUACCAAAUUAACGUUGGCAGAAUUGCAAGCAGCCCAACGCGAGAUAAUCAAGUAUUCACAAAGCGUUUAUUUUCAUGACGAUGUGAAGAAUCUCAAGAACAAACGGCAACUGAGUCCUACGAGUCGAUUACUUCAGUUGAAUGCGUUCCUAGAUGAAGAUGGUAUCAUCAGGGUGGGCGGUCGACUUCACGAAGCGCCUUGGAACUGGGAAAGGAAGCAUCCGAUCGUAUUGCCAGCUAAAUACAGAGGCAUCGAAUGGAGUUUCAUUCCGCCAUAUUCACCUCACCUGGGAGGUCUUUGGGAAGCAGGCGUAAAAUCCUGCAAGUAUCAUUUGAAGCGAGCCAUGGGAAAUACUCUAUUCACAUUUGAAGAGUUAACCACACUUUUGGUGCAAAUAGAAGCGUGCCUAAACUCUAGGCCACUUUCACCUUUAUCUUCCGAUCCAUCGGAUUUACAACCUUUAACACCAGGACACUUUAUUGUAGGAGGGCCGUUGACUGGUCUUCCAGAAACUGACUUAUCCGAGUUAAAAAUUAAUCGUCUCAAUAGAUGGGAGAUGAUCCAACGUGCAGUUCAAGACUUUUGGAAACGGUGGGCGGACGAAUACGUAGCCAAUCUCCAAAGUCGAGUCAAGUGGAAAACAGAGCAGAAAAAUUUGAAAAUCAACGAUCUCGUUUUAUUAAGAGAAGACAACCUUCCACCGUUGAAGUAG